AUGAGAAUUUAUUCUUUAUUGGCUGUCGUUCUGCUAGGGACUGUACAGGGUCUAAAGCAAAUCCGCAUUGGUGUGCCGAGGAAUGCACGGAGUUUCAUCCAACAACAAUCUGAAGAAACAAAUCCAUCAAAUGAUCGGUUGAAUGAACCAAAUCCAUCAAAAAGAGAUGUAAUUUUCGAGCAUUAUCCAACUUUAAUCCCAAGCCCUGAUCAAGCUACGCAAAUUUAUGAGGAAACGAGUUCCAUUGACAGUUUUGAAGUCAAGCGCCUUUUCACUACCCCCAUCCACGAGCCAUCAAAAAUCGUUAUUGACGAAUCGGAUAAAGAGGAAUCACCAAAAACUGAUCAGAAAACCUCUCGAAAACUGCUUUUAUCUGGUGGAACGGCUGAAGAUGAGACAAAGAUCAAGAAUUCCCAUGAAGACAAGUUCAAAGAGAUCAAAGGUGGAAAAACCAAGAAUGGCUUUUUAAUCUAUCAAUAUCGUGAAGAACAAUUGCAUAAGAAAAAGGAAACUCCAAAAAUUUUCAUUGAUCGAUAUCAUGAGAAUUUUCUUGGAAGAAAACAUGUAAUCAAGCAGAAAAAUGAAGAAAUUGAUGAAAUGUCGGUAAAAGCCGAAGAAACGACAAAUCUAGCGGAAGUGACAAAGUUUAUCGAUGAUUUGGAGACUUUGCAAAAUUCGAGCUUUGUCACGAGUGAUGAUGAAGAAUCAGAGUUCAGUAUGCCUAAAAGUUUGACAAGUUCUGUCAAUCAAAUUCCUAGAAUUUCUAAACAACUUGAAGAACAAAAGUUGAAUGAUCUGGAUUCUAAAACAACGGUUUUGCCAAAAUCUACUGCUGAACUGAAACUUGAGCCGAGUACCACCAAAAAGCCACUUCGCAAAAAGGCAAAGAAGAUUAGAGACUCUCAAAACCUGUAUCCAGUCGAUAAAUUCCAAGAACAAGGCUUUUCAAAUGACAAACGAACUACUGUAUCAUCUGUGAAAAUCCCGAAAUCACCGAAAUUUGGUAAACGCUUUAAGCUAGAUGAUCCAGAGGAUGAGAAACCCGAGGAAUUGUUGAUCUUUCGAAGAGCUCAAGAAAGAAAUACAAGCUUCAAAACCGCUGCUGUUGAUGAACCGGCGUUGAAAGUGUUGGGCUCAAAGACUUUUGUUGAUGGAAGCACUUUUUCAAACUCCAAAGAAGGCUCUGAAAAGGAUUUGGAAAAAGCUGAGAUUCCACGAAAAUCACAUCAAUUCCGAAAACGAACUAUAGCUCCAUAUAAAUCACAGAUCAAGCAAUACUUUGUCACCACGCCACCAAAAGAAGUCAUCGAAAUGCCGGCGAUUGUCGACAAAGAAACUCAAAUGGGGUACACGGGAAGACAACUGGUACAAAUGUGUGAUGAAACGAAACAUAUGGGUCACUCUUGGGGAAUCAAUGACAUUUCCGAUUUUGCUCAGAAGAAUUGCCCGCUUAUCCGAUUGUAUUACCCAAAUUUAUGUAUUGUAAAAGAUUGUGAAAUGGCAUUUUACUGGCAAACACAGCAGGUGCCUCAACAAAACGAGCCCCAACAGGCAUCACCCUGGGACAGCAUCAACCUUGGCGGUACAACUGACAAUUGCUAUCAACAAGGGUAUUCGAAUUGGUCUCAACAACAGCCACAACAAAAUAUAUGGACACAACAGGCGCAAGUGAAUGGAAAUCCUUCCCAAGACGGAAAUCAGCUGGUUAACAACUCGCAGCAACAGCAAGGGUACAAUAAUUCUUUCAACCAACCAUAUCCACAACAGCCACAACAGCUACAACAACCACAACAACCACAAACGGGUCAACAUUACGGGAAUCAGGAUGGAUAUUCCUACCAUCAACAAGAUCAGCAAUUUGCGCCACAACAUCACACUCCUUCCAUCGAGCAUGCUCCGAUUCUCCCAAAGAAAGUAGUUGCAGAAGCUAAAGAAUUCACUGCUUCUCCCGCUCCACAAUCCCAUGCUUAUCACGAGAGCUCUGCUGAUUCUAAUCAUUUCCAUCAUCAAUCCAACCCCAACCCCCAGGACUCUUUGGUCAAUCAGUUCUCCCAACACGCUGCUAAUCAACAUGCAGAUCAAUACCAGCAACCAUCUUUCGAUCAAUACCAGCAACCAUCUUUUGAUCAAUACCGUCAAUCCUCUAUUGAUUCGACUAAUUCCUAUCCUCAAACAGCUUUUCCACCUGUCGCACAACCCAUUGCUGAACCCAUUUUUGCCCAACAAGUUGAAAACUGGAACCAUGAAUCCCAGGUAGAACAUGAACAACAAAAAGAAGUCACACCACAAGAAAACAACUGGGACUCUUGGGGAAAUCAGCAACACGAAACCCAGAAUGAACACCAUCAACAACAAGCCACUAUUGACAUGAUGGGAACGAGUCAAAUGGGAAAUCAAUGGGACAAUUGGGGAGAACAUGAGUCAACUCCUGAAGAAAACUCUCAACUCACUACGCAAUCUGAGCCACUGGCUGAGCAUUUCUCAAGUGAGGUGUCGCGGGAAGCCACCGAAGAACCAGCUCAUCAAGAACAUGAAGGAUCAACUGAGCCACUGAUUGCUAAAAGCUCUUCCUCCAAAGACUCCAGCUUGACACCAGCUGUCGAUGAAAAACCAGAGAUCUCAAUUCCACAAAAUCCCAAGAUCGAAUUCGAAGAAAAUGAGCCCGAACAGAAACCUCCAACACCAGCUCCUCAAAUGGAAACCCCCGUUCCUGAGAUCAAAAUCCCAAAUCUCGAAGAGCUCCAACCACCUCUUGAGUCAAAAAUCCUUGCCUCGAUCAAGCAAGAACCAAUGACUCCAAUCUCUUCUUCUUCAAAUGAGCCCGGAAAACCGUUGGCCGAAUCAACACCGACGACAAAAGAGGAAGAGAUUGCGACGGCUGCUUUGGAUAUCAAUGUUCCGUCUCCAUCAGACACUCCAGUGAAGAAGGAUUUACAGACACAGCUCUCCGAUACACAAAAUAGUGAUAGGACAAGUGAUGGUUUCGUGAAGAUCCAAGCUUUCAAUCAAGACCUCGAGACCGAAUACUCGGCGACGAACUCUCUCUUUGGAUGGAACACUUCUCAGCCAACAACGAGAACUCUGAAUACAUCCGGCCGAUUCACCGCCGACGACUACCGCGAACAGGAGGCAAAUGACAGCGCCGCGUCAAGCAUUCUCACUCGGACCCAAAUCUCGAAUCAAUAUCUAGAAUACAAAAAGAGAAUUCCGCAAAUCGUCAGCCGUCAAAGCAUGCUCCGUGGCCCGAACGCGAAUACCGGACAAACCGGUCGACCGAAUCCACUUUUCGAGGAAGGUCGUCGAUCGGUGUUGAAUCGCCUUAAUAACUCAUCAUCUCGACCGGCCAGCGCUCACUAUGAGAUGGGACUUCAUCAAAAUAGGAGUAUGCAAGGGCAUGAUGGCAACACGUCAGUUUUGACUAAUCCCGAUGUGCCACUCGAUUACUCAUUCGAGAGCCCGCAGACCGCUUACGGAGAGAGCUUUGUUGAGAAUUCGAGAAGGAGUCGAAUGUUCCGACAAGUGCAAAAUGUUUAUCGACCACAGCAACAACAACAGCGCUACCCCAUUGAUCCAAAUGCACCCCGGCACAGUCGACAAUCAAAUUACGGCUACAAUAACCAGUCGGCUGGUCGUCGAAGUGUCGCCGGAUAUGGAGAUCUUCAGGGCGGAGAACAGCAACGACGACGCCCACAAAGCAGCUACGACACUAGAGCGAUGGCCAGAAUGGAACGCUCUGGUAUGGGACUGGAUCAAUAUGAUGUGUUCAACUCGCCUGGUGUGAGCAGUGAGAGUGCUGAUGGAGCUGAUUCGGAAAUGGACGCCGAGAUGGCCCAGUAUAACGCGCACGCGCAAAUGGCUCAACAACAUUUGACGCAGAUCGAGAUCUAUCUCAUCGGCACAUUGAAAGUUCCAUUGGCAAAGUUCGUGGCCACAAUUCGCAAAUUCCCUCCACCACAGCAAUACUAUCAACUGCGACCAAUAGAAAGAGUGGCAUUUGUCUUUUACACAGCUCUCUGGCAACGACAUUAUUUGGAUGUUGAGGGAUUCCACAAGAAAUUCAAUCGAGAGUUCUAUACACUUACUGCGUCCGGAGCGAGCGAUGAUGAUGCACUUUAUGAGAUUUGCGCUCAAAUGCAAACGCGUUUCACUCAACUGAACAAGGAGCGCUACACGAACACCCAAAAACAGCUAUUCAGCGACGAACGCGAUAGUCACGAUGAGGAAGAACGCAUGUAUUUACCCGAUCGUCAUUCCGACGAUGACGAUCAAAGCGAGAGAGAUUACGGAGAACGAGCUGAUGAGGCAAGUGACAAUGGCAGUCUUGAACUUCAACAGAGAGGACCGCUCAAGUUCACGGCACCGAAAACUUUCACCGUUUUUGGCCCAAAUGGAAAGCUACUGAUCAUCGAUCCUAAAAAUUUCGGACCAACUACAGUAAAGCUAAUGAGUAUCUCAACGAUUCUCCACGAUGACCAGUCGAGACGACUCUUUGAAAGCAUUCAGAUGUUCCGUGGCCCACUAACAGCUCAAACCCCUUCACAUCAAGUCACCUUGUACAUCGAACGGCAAAUCAAUCGACUAGAGCGAUCGGAUGUGGCUCAAGAAUGUCCUUCUGAUAACGAUGUACAAGAUUGUCGCCUACUUUGGCAACUCUUGCGCGUUGUCGUUCAACAACAUGGAAAAGUAACUGGACCGGAUAUUGCUCGACUUCUUCUCGCGGCCGCCCCGGAAACGGUCACUAAAAGAGAACGGCUAUUGGCUACGCAUCGUGAAAGAUCCACAACACCAACUGUACGUGGCCCCGAUCCUAGGAUCAAAGAUGCUUUCAACGAUUUCUUAUUGCGAGGACACGUGGAGGAGGCAAUUGAUUUGGCACUUCAAUACGAAAUGUAUGCUGAGGCUUUGGUGUUGGCGAGACGGGUUGAUAACACGAAAUUGGCCCAAAUCGAAGAGCGCUACAUUAACUCAAUGUUGCAGAACAACCCCGUUACAACCCUGUUGACAGUGGCUGCAGAUCAAAGGGCACCUAUUUUAAUCAAUCCACCAACAGACGAUGGCGGCAGUUGGAGGGCACAUGCUGCUAUUGUUCUUGCCAACUUGAACACGUCGUGGGCAAUGGAAUAUAACGCCGCUGCAGACUUCUGCUUUUUAGCUGUUUCUCUUUUGACUGGCCACGAUGUGUUCAGACCUGUUGCUCAAGCCGUAAAAACCGACAAGCCAAUUCGACAACAUAUCUCUUUGAUCAACGCAAGUCUACCAGAUGACGCUUAUAAUUCGACAGAUUGCAAAUAUGGCUUUUCGUUGACGGAUCUGCAUGCAACAGAGAUUUUCGCCUAUGGAGUGUCGCUAGCGCGGGAAACGAGUCCUCUAUCGACCUCGCUUGAUUUCCAAAUGAACCGGAUAAAAUAUGCUCGGCUUUUAGCGGAGAUGGGUUUCCCAAAGAAUGCUUUCAAAUACGGUACCGAUGUUGCUCAACAAAUUUGGCCCUACUAUUCAAUGGUGCCAUUGCAGUCACUCUUCGAGCUCUGUGAUAUCGCCGAUCAAACGUUCAUGGCUAGUGAAACUUCAAUGGAAGCGGGUGUUUGGAUUGGACAACUCCGGCAACAGGCAGCUCAAAUCAUUCCACAGCAACACACCGAACAAAUUGCUCAACCCAUUCCUCAAAUGGGUCAACAAGCAGCUCCAGCCACGAACUCAGCUCCACCUCAACCGUCAGUUCAGCAGGGCCACCCCAUCGACAACUACCAUCAACCACCAGUCCCUCAACCACCAGCCCUUCAACCACCAGUCCCUCAACCAUCAGUCCCUCAACCACCAGCCCUUCAACCACCAGUCCCUCAACCGCCUAUCCCUCAACCACCACAACAAACAAACGCUUCAUCACAUGAGGAUUUGAAUAGCUCAUUUGUAUAUCAGCCACUUCAAUCCGCUGAAAAUCCCCAAGAACUUUACUCUCCAGUGAGGUCAAGGAUCAACUCAAUCUCGUCUCAAGCCGCUGAUUGGCAUAAUCAACAAGAUCCGAUUAGCAUGCAUGCAGGUGUCGAUCGACGGGCUAGCGUUUCUUCCCAAGUCUCAAACGGUCGCCCCAAGCAACACUUCAGCGAAUCACCCGAGAGACAAAAUCAAUGGGAUCAACAAUAUCAACAACCAAGUCCACCCAGCCCUCUAGCUGCUGUACCUGAAAUGAUCAUGCCACAAGUUCCGCAAGUACCUGUGCAACAAGUGAUGCAGCCACGAGUUGAACCACAGCCUUCAAGACCACAACCACAACUUCAACCUCAACACCAGCCGAUGUCCGUUCCACAGCAUUCUCCGGCUCCUGUUCAACAACAACUGUAUGAACAACCAAGACAAACUCCAAAGAUUGAAGAAAAGCCCCCCACUGGAACUCUAAAGAAAAGUCCAUCAAGAUCGUCAGGUGGUUUCAUUCAAAAAAUCGCCCAAUUCGUUCAGAGCAAAACAUCGAGUGAGGCAAAGUUGCCGGAUGAUUCAAAUCCAAAAAUUCGAUAUGAUCCAGUACUCAAUCAGUGGGUUGGUGAUGGAGUGGAGGAAGAAGUGGCCCCAGCACCACCUCCGAUGAUGUCAGCAAUGGCUCCAGCUCCAGCUCAGCCCUCAGCUAAUCCCUUAGCUGCUGCAGCUCCGCAAAUGGCUGCUCCAUCCUCUCCGCCAGCUCCUGCACCAACAACGGGACUUCGAGGUGCUAGAGCAGGCGGUGCCGCCUCACGGUAUCGCACGGUUGGCGGUAUCGGCGGUGCCACAAGUCCUUCAGGAGCCAGUUCAAUGACCGCCCCACUAGCUCCUCAAAUGCCCAUGCCCACGCAAGCGUUCAACUUCAUUCCACAAAUGCCAGAGUCCGAGGAGAGUGUGGACCCAUUCAGUGCCGCUCCAGCUGAACCCGUCGACGGGCAGCCACAUCAA